AUGGCAGACAUAUAUGAAAUAGAGGACAUUGACGGGGUGCGCUUCAACUGGAACACAUUCCCUGUCACCAGGUUGGAGUCCGAAAAUAUGGCAUCUCCAGUUGGUUGUUUAUACACCCCCUUGUUACCAAGAGAGGAUCUUCCAAUUGCCAACUAUGAUCCACAACUGUGUAGAAAGUGUAGGUCUGCAUUGAAUGUUUUCUCACAGAUCGAUAUGAACAACAGAACUUGGACCUGUCCAAUUUGCUUUAAUAGAAACCAACUUCCGCCACAGUAUCAAAAUAUAUCAGCUGAUAAUGUUCCAAUAGAAUUGAUGCCUCAAGCAUCGACUAUGGAAUAUAUCCUAAAUCGGAGCCAACCUCCUCCUCCACCUGCUUUCAUUUAUGUCAUUGAUCUAUGUCAAGACCCUGAAGAUUUGAAGAGUCUGAAAGAUACUUUGAUUGCUUCUCUCGACUUACAUCCACCUGGUUGUUUCUUUGGUUUGGUCACUUUUGACUCGGUUGUCAAUGUCCAUGAAUUAAGUUUUACCUCAUGUUCAAAGAAAUACGUCUUUUCGGGUAAAAGGGAAUUGAAAUCUUAUGAUGUGCAAGAACAAUUGGGUAUUAAAGGUAAUGCAUCAAGACCUUGGAGUCAACAAUUUCAAUCUGGUUCUAUCAACAAUACAAUCAAUAAGUUCUUAUUACCCUUGGCCGAUGAAACCGCCAAGGCGCAGAUUGUCAAAUCAAUCGAAGCUUUGGAAGUUUCCAAGUGGACCAUUAAGCCAGGUCAUAGGGCCUUAAGAGUUACUGGUUCUGCACUCAACAUUGCGUCCUGUCUUGCUGAAGGUUCCUAUGUGCAAUGUGCUGCUAAAAUUUCUUUGUUUGCAGCAGGUGCAUGUACUUUUGGUCCUGGUCAGAUUGUGGGUACCGAAUUGAAAGAGCCUUUAAGAUCCCACUCUGAUAUCGAAAAAGGUUCAGCAAAACAUUACAAAGAGGCUGUUAAGUUCUAUAAGAAGCUUGCAACGAAGGCAAUAGGUAUCAACAGAGAUUCAAACGAUAAGUUCUUUGACAACUCCUCGACUACAACAUUCAGUGUGGAUAUAUUUGCUGGUUGUUAUGAUCAAGUUGGUAUUUAUGAAAUGAGACACCUAAGUAACAAAACUGGAGGUGUGUUGGUUGUUACUGAUUCUUUCCAGACAUCUAUCUUUAAAAACUCCUUUUUGGCAACCUUUAAUAAGGAUGAAGAAGGCUAUCCUCUAACAUACUUCGAUGGUAAGUUGGAGGUUUUCACUUCUCCAAAACUAAAAGUCGCUGGUGUCAUUGGACAUUGUCAAUCUCUGAAAAAAGAUGGUGAGAACGUCUCUGACAUUCAAGUUGGUGAUGGUAAAACUAACCAAUGGAAGAUGUGUUCAAUCUCGCCGAAACAUACUUACGCUGUAUUUUUUGAUAUUCAAACUGUUGGUGCCGCAGAGCAAAGAUCUCAGUUUGUCCCUGAAGUUUACAUCCAGUUUCAAACAACGUAUAGACAUACGGACGGUACUUAUAGGACCAGAGUUACUACAAUGAACAGAUUAACGUCUAAUAAAGGUGAGCUGUCAAGUUCCUUCGAUCAGGAAGCCGCAGCUGUUUUAUAUGCAAGGCUGGUUGUUUAUAAGCUAGAAAAUGGAGGUGAAUAUUCAGAUUUGCUAAGAUGGAUCGACAAAUCUUUGGUUAAGUUAUGUUCGGCAUUCGGUGAUUAUGCCAAAAACGAUGCCUCGAGUUUCAGAUUGUCUCAUAAAUUCUCGUUAUUACCACAGUUUAUUUAUCAUCUAAGAAGAUCGCAGUUCCUACAAGUAUUUAACUGUUCACCUGACGAAACCGCAUUCUACCACCAUACUCUAUUAAGGGCAGAUGUUAGAGACUCCUUGGUUAUGAUUCAACCAACCUUGGUUAGAUUUAAGGCAGAUGGUUCUGAGCCUGAACCUGUUUUAUUGGACUCUGCUUCGUUAACCCCUGAUUCUGUUCUUUUGUUAGAUGCGUUCUUUUACACAGUCAUUUACUUUGGUAAUAUUGCAGCAGAGUGGAGAGAUGCCAAUUACCCUAGAGAUGAAUAUCCUGGUGUUUACGAAAUGAUUGAUGGUGCAAAGGAAGAAGCUGCAGCACUCAUUGCGGACAGAUUUCCGUUACCAAGAUAUGUCACAUGUGAUGAGGGUAAGUCCCAAGCUCGUUUCCUUUACUCCAAAUUAAACCCUUCAGAAAAUGAUGGUAAAAUUUCUGGCGGUGGACAGAUGGGUAACUUUGGUGGCGAUUCUGGGACCGUUGUUCAUACCGAAGAUGUUUCUUUACGUACAUUCUUUACGCAUUUAGCCAAGUUGGUGGUUAAUCACAGUGCAUAA